GAACUUCGAUAACAGACCACUUAGUAUCGCUUCUAUGUAAUAUUACGCUAUAGUAUUGUUAUUAUUACCGCAAGCAAACGUCAAAGCCGAAAGCGCAUCAGUCCCGUCUUGACGCGCGACCGAGUGCUAUCGUCGUCCGUCGCCACGUCUAACGACGUUGUCAUAUUUUUCUCGUUCGUCUUUGUAUUCACAUAAAUAUUACCACGAUAUAAUUUAUCGUUUUUCAUAUCGAGUGCCGUUUAUAUAUACCUACACCAUGCAGUCGAAAACGCAUCUGCUCGAAGACGAAUUUUCCGAACGUGGCAAAAUACCUGGUGUUCGAUACCUGCAAAGUUUUUUAUUGUUUCUAUGCCUUUUCGCAGCUUAUCUGUUGCGGGUUAGCAUAUCUGUUGCAAUAGUGGCUAUGACGCCUGACAAGAAUUCUACUGACUUCUUACUCGAAACGCAUUACCACAUUCCUGUAUUCAGUUGGACACAGCAUACGAAGAGUUUGAUCCUAAGCGCAUUCUUUUGGGGCUACCUCAUCAUGAACUUGCCAGCAGCCAUGAUUGGUCGCCGGUACAACAAUCAAAUGCUAUUGGCCGUGAGUAUGACGUUGACCGUAGCUCUCAGCCUAGCCACACCAGCAUUGGUGGUUGCUUUCAAUUGGCCGGUGCUUGUACUUAUUCGGUUCUUGCAGGGCCUUACUCAGGCGUUCACCAUGCCGAUGAUACAUGGCAUCAGCGCCAAGUGGGCGCCACCGAAUGAACGUGGUCGUCUCGUUGGAUUUGUAUUGGGAGGUCUUCAAUUUGGUACUGUCAUAACUUUAGUUUGUUCUGGAAUUCUGGCUAGUACUCGAUCGGGAUGGCCAUCAAUUUAUUACUUUAGUGGCGCAUUUGGAAUUUUUUGGGUAAUAUUAUGGUUAUCACUUGGGUCAGAAAGCCCAGAUACACAUCGUCUAAUUACACGAUCUGAGAGAAACUACAUAAAAUCAUCAUUAACCCAAACGGUUUCGGAGAAAAAGAACUUAAUAACUCCUUGGAAAGAAAUAUUUACUUCAAUGCCGGUAUGGGCUGUUACGAUAUCACAUGCUGGUCACAAUUGUGGAUUUUGGUUGCUACUUAGUGAAAUGCCCACGUUUAUAAGUUCUGUGCUAAAGUUCGACAUUAAAUCGGAUGGAUUUGUGUCUGCAUUACCUUACUUGGCUAUGUGGCUGUGUCAGUUUCCAGUUACAUAUUUUGCUGAUUAUAUGAACAAAAAAAAUGUGACUUCUCUCACUUUUUCGCGUAAAUUUUGGAAUACCUUAGGGAUGAGCGGCGGUGCACUGGGUCUCGUAGUCCUAGGCUACAUGGGCGAAAAUGCAAACGCAGCCAUAUGUAUGUACGUAUUUGUGGUGGCCAUUGGCUGCUGUACGAAUGUCGGUUUCAACAUUAACCAUCUCGACUUGGCACCCAAUUAUGCUGGGAUUUUGAUGGGCUUCACGAACGCCGUAGCGGCCCUGGGCGGUGUGUUAGCACCCACUGUCUGCGGAUUCAUCGUACACGAUCAAACUUCGGUGGACGAAUGGAGGAUCGUGUUCACGCUGGGAGCCGUCAUACUUUUCUUCUCCAGUAUUUUUUACAUUAUUUUCGGAUCUGCGGAGGUACAGCCGUGGAAUGAACCUAAAAACGAAAACGUCGGUGUUCGGAGUUUCAUGCAGAUGAAAACAGAUUACGGUUCUUCUGCAGGAUAUACGUCUCCAUCAUCGUCGUUUGUUAAAGUUACGCCAAAGUAUACCAUGUUUGUACGACAAUAACCGAACACAUUUUUAUGGCAAAUAACGUCGCGCUGCUAACUUUAAAAAAAAAACAAUGAUGGACAUUAUUUUUUAUACAUUCUGUUGUUGUUAUAUUUUGGUUUAUUAAAGAUUUAUAAUUUGUUAUAUUUUUAA